CUUUUUCCCUUCUUUCCUUUUUCUCCCUCACAAACUCACCUUUGUACGAAAAUGGCUAAAGGAAUUCGAUCUCACGUUAAGAAGCGGGCAAAUGUCGUUAAACGUGCUACCGUUUUCAAGCCAGUGGAAGAUCUUCGUUUAGCACGAUUGGCAGCUCUUCAAGUAGAAGCAGCUACUAAACCAAGUGUAGGAGAUCAUAUGGAACAAGAUACAAAGGAACAAGGUGAUGAUAUGAUGACGGAUGAACCUAAAAAGAUCUCAACAAGUGGACCUCGGAAAAAUAGCAAGACCCUUAGAGCUGCUAACUUCAAGAAAAAGAAAGGAGCUAAAAAGAACAAGAAAACCACCAAUAAAUUCUAGUUUAGUUUAAUAUAUAUUUUGUAUUUCUCAUUCCUUUUUAUUCAUGUUUACUAGUAUAUCAUUCUUUUUUCAUUACAUAUUUUUAGUAUAGUCUUCAUUUUGCUUUAUCUUUUGUUACUGACUUUUUUUUUUCUCCAAUAAACAAAUAAAUCUUUUUUUUUUUUUGGUCCCG